CCGGGUCGCAAGCCGAAGCAGCUCAUCUCCUGCGGUGUCUUCACGGGCUUCAUCACGUACCUCAUCCUGUACUUCGGCGGCAUGACCUUGAUGAUCCUCGGAUUCACCGGGUCGUUGAGCCAAGGCCUGGCCUAUUUUGGACUGGCCCUGGUGGUGGUGUUUGUCAUUCCGACAUUCCUCUACACCACGCGGAAGUGUCGUGGCUGGUCGCACCUGCGCGAUCGGGACAUCUACGAUGUGGUGGCCAUCGAAUGCCUGCGCAUGGGCGAGCCCUUGCCGAUUCCCAAGUACGCGGUGUGCAAGUUUUGCAUUCUCAUCAAGAGGUCGAAGAAGAUCUAUGACGUCGUGUGCGACCGGCCGGAUGGGAUCCUGGUGCCGCCGUUUUUGUGCUGCAUCGACAACCUCGGGCGCGAGCACAAGAGGAUGGUGGUACGGGAGCUCCGAAAGGCCUAUGUCGUUAAAUAG